AUGGCUUCCCAAAUAUCUUUUGACCAAUCUAAGCUGCAUACUGCAACUUUGCAGCUUGCCAACAAUAUAAAGUUGGCUUACGCACUUUUGUCCGCUCCUGCCAGCUUGAAAUUGGAAGAAAACAGUGAAGUUUCCGUUUCGCAAUUGAUUGUUGGCUCUAGUGGUUUCCGUUUGUUCGAUGCCAAUGCCAUUUUAAGAUAUGUUUUGAACGAUUUUGAAUCUGAAGAAUCUGAUGAAUACAGCUUUGCAGUGUCUUCUCUUGAGGCUCUAGCCUCCCAUAAGGAUCAGAUCAAGGAGCAUGUUACUGAAUCUGUGAAGAAAUCUAUUGAAACAUACUUGACUAGUGUUGAGGAGCCUUUGUCUGCUACCAGAAUUGUGACUUUUGCCAAUUCGUAUGCUUUGGAUUCUGCUGCAGUUGAAGCUAAGUUCCCUCUAGCUUCUGUGCCAGAAAAGUUGCAAAAGGCUGUGGCAUUGGCUAAGUCCAAGGCCGUUCGUUCCUCUACCGAUUACAAGCACACUGGUGCUGUGAACGUGUCUCAAGAAUACUUGAUGAAGUCCCAAGGUUCUGAAAUUUUGCCAAAGGAUGGUGAGCGUAACAUUUUGAUCACAUCUGCCUUGCCAUAUGUUAACAAUGUUCCACAUUUGGGUAACAUCGUCGGUAGUGUGCUAUCGGCAGAUAUCUACGCCCGUUACACCAAGGGUAGAAACUACAACACUCUUUUCGUUUGUGGUACUGACGAAUACGGUACUGCUACCGAGACAAAGGCUUUGGAAGACGGUGUUACUCCACGUGAACUUUGUGACAAGUACCACAAGAUCCAUGCGGAUGUGUACAAAUGGUUCCAAAUCGGGUUUGAUUACUUCGGUAGAACCACCACGGAAAAGCAGACUGAGAUCGCUCAAGAUAUCUUCUUGAAGUUGAACGACAGAGGAUACCUGGAAGAACAAAGUAUGAAACAACUCUACUGUCCUGUCCACAAGGGUUACUUGGCUGAUAGAUAUGUGGAAGGUACUUGUCCAAAGUGUGGAUAUGAGGACGCCCGUGGUGACCAAUGUGACAAGUGUGGUGCAUUGUUGAAUCCAUUCGAGUUGAUCGACCCUCGUUGUAAGUUGGACGAAGGUAAGCCAGAGCCACGUAACUCUGACCACAUUUUCUUGUCCUUGGACAAGCUUGAACCACAAAUCAAGGAAUGGAAUGAAAAGGCUUCCUCAAAGGGUGAAUGGUCCAAGAAUUCCAAGACUAUUACUCAAUCUUGGUUGAAGGAAGGUCUACAUCCUCGUUGUAUCACCAGAGAUUUGGUCUGGGGUACCCCAGUUCCACUAGAAAAGUACCAAGACAAGGUGUUGUACGUUUGGUUCGACGCUUGUAUCGGUUACGUCUCGAUCACUGCAAACUACACUGACAAGUGGGAAAACUGGUGGAAGAACCCAGACAACGUCGACUUGUACCAAUUCAUGGGUAAAGACAACGUUCCAUUCCACACCGUUAUCUUCCCAGGUUCCCAACUUGGUACUGGCGAAGACUGGACCAUGCUACAUCACUUGAACACUACCGAAUACUUACAAUACGAAGGUGGUAAGUUCUCCAAGUCUAGAAGUAUCGGUGUGUUCGGUAACAAUGCCCAAGAAAUUGGUCUAUCCCCAAGUGUAUGGAGAUACUACUUGGCUUCCGUUAGACCAGAAACCUCAGACUCUCAGUUCUCCUGGAGCGAUUUCGCUGCAAGAAACAACAGUGAACUUCUAGCAAACUUGGGUAACUUCGUUAACAGAGUUGUCAAGUUCGUUAACGCCAAAUACAACGGUGUGGUUCCUGAGUACAAGGUCGAAAACCUACCAGGUUACGAUCAAUUGAAGAAGGACUUGGACGAAAUCUUAGCAAACUAUGUCAACACCAUGGAACACGUUCAUUUGAGACGUGGUUUGGAAAUUGCCAUGUCGCUAUCUUCUCGUGGUAACCAAUUCUUGCAAGAAAACAAAUUGGACAAUUCUUUGUUCGCUCAACAACCUGAUAAAUCUGAUGCCGUUGUAGGUGUUGCUUUGAACAUCAUUUACACCGUCGCAUCCAUCAUGGCUCCAUUCAUCCCAGAAACUUCAGAGACCAUCUAUAGAAUGUUGAAUGCUCCUCCACUACGCAUUGACGACCACUUCAACCUUCCUAUCAGAGCAGGCCAUAACAUCAACAAGGCUGAAUACUUGUUCACCCGUAUCGAUGAGAAGGAUGUUGAAGAAUGGAGGAAGAGAUAUGCUGGAAAGCAAGUUUGA